UUGGCAUUUCUGUUUAUCGUUCCCACGAGAAGUGGAGGUGUAUUCUAAGCGUGUUUUAAAAAUUUUGCAAUAUGGCAGAUGUUUUGGAUAUUGAUAAUGCGGAAGAAUUUGAAGUAGAUGACGAAGGCGAUCAGGGUAUCGCACGCCUUAAGGAAAAAGCUAAAAAGAGGAAGGGCAGAGGACAUGGAGCAGAAUUAGUUUCAACACGAGAUGACGUUGGUCACUACGAAUCUAUGAAUGUUGUAGAGGAUGAUGACGAUGAACCGGGGCCUCAAAGAUCUGUAGAAGGAUGGAUAUUGUUUAUAAACUCAGUACAUGAAGAGGCACAAGAAGAUGAUAUUCAAGAUAAGUUUUCAGAGUUUGGACAAAUAAAAAAUCUGCAUUUAAAUUUAGAUAGAAGGACUGGAUUUCUAAAAGGUUAUGCACUGGUAGAAUAUGAAACUUUUAAAGAAGCUUUGGCGGCAAAAGAAGCCCUUAAUGGUACAAAAAUAUUAGACCAAACUAUUUAUGUUGAUUGGUGCUUCGUGAAAGGACCAAAGAAGAUUAAGAAAAGAAGUCAUAGAAGACGAUAGUUACAAGUGACAAAUAUAUCCCGUUAACAGAUAUCUCUUUCUAUUCUUUCGCUGGGGAAGUAGCAUCGAAGAAUAGAACACAUUAUUUUAUAUUUAAUGUAAUAAUUAUAUAAGAACUUGAAGUAUUUGCUUUCACAAAAAACCACUUGUCACAAAAUAACCACUAUGGUCUAUUUGUUAAAUAUAGACUUAAUAAUUAUUUUUA